AUGGUAGUGUUCGGCUGCUUCGGCAAGUUCUGCGCGCUCGUGGUCUCCAUGCCGGACCCAAUCAUCGGGGCUUCCUUCCUCGUACUAUUCGGCGUCCUGACGGCUGUGGACGCGUUUAAUCUCCAGUACGUGGACCUCAACUCCUCCAGGAACCUCGUCGCUUCGGCAUUUCCCUCUUCCUGGGCCUUAGUUUUCCUAACUGGGUCAUGCAAAAUGAGGCCUUCAAUAGAACCGGUUGGUUACAGUGACCAAGACCAGGUGAUACAUGCCCUUCUAGCCAACAACAUGUUCAUGCGGUGCUUUUCUGCGCUUGUUCUAGACAACGUUAUUCCCGCAGGGGCUGACGAAGAACACGGCAUUGUAAUUUGGCGAGAGGUCCCGAGCGACACCGACGAGGAAAGAGACGAUAUAAAUAUGGACAAUCGGAACCUCACCAUGAAAACCUACGAUCUCCCAUUCGUAAUGAACCUGAUACGCAACUUCCGAUGGUGA